AUGCAUUCCACCCUCGCCAUCGUCCUCAUAGGCUUCUCCGCCCUCACCACCGCCGUAGAAGCCCCCAAAGGCCACGCCUGCCAAAUCAUAUAUGACUACUGCAACGUCGAGCCUGGCACCCAUCACCGAGGCACCUGCUGGUGGAACUGCGGCCCCAAGGGGAAGAGGGACGGCUAUAACGGUGCUUGCAUGGUGUAUGUUCUUCCCUCUGUUAACGGCAAGAAGGAGCAAGAAGGUGGUGCUCCGCCUAACUACUGCAGCUGGGAUCCGGCGAUUCAUUUCUAG